UUGGCUUUCCAGUCAACAUGAAGGCUCUCCUCAUUCUGGGGUUUGUCCUCCUGUCUGUGACCGUCCAGGGCACGAUCUAUGAAAGGUGUGAGUUGGCCAGAACUUUAAAAAGACUUGGAAUGGAUGGUUACCACGGAGUCAGCCUGGCAAACUGGGUGUGUUUGGCCAAAUAGGAGAGUGAUUAUAACACACAAGCUACAAACUACAACCCUGGAGACAAAAGUACUGAUUAUGGGAUGUUCCAGAUUAACAGUCGAUAAUGGUGUGAUAAUGGCAAAACCCCAAAUGCUGUUAAUGCCUGCAAAAUAUCCUGCAAUGCCUUAUUGAAAGAUAACAUCGAUCAAGCAGUGGCUUGUGCAAAGAGGGUUGUCAGGGAUCCACAAGGCAUUAGAGCAUGGACAUGGAGAAAUCAUUGUCAACAUCAAGAUCUUACUCAGUAUGUGCAGGGCUGUGGAGUGUAA